CAACAAGUUGCCGCCGUUCUAGAAGAUGAACUCAUGGAAUUGGAAUCACUUAACUUUUCCAACUAGUUUUAUGAAGCAAUCGUGUGUGCCGAACAACUUAGUGACUUUAAACAAUCCGCAACAUAACUAUCGCAGCAUUGGUGGACUUAAGUUGAAUAUACUCUGUGAAAUACAAUGUUUUGUGAAAUUUAAAAAUGAAAUAAAAAAUGUUAAAAUAAAUAUUUUGCCUGAUAAUGAGAUGUUAGUGCCCGUCAUCUUUGGACGUGAUUUCUUGAAAUUGUUUAACAUACGGUUAACUAAAAUAAAAAAUAGAUAUGCGAAAAGCGAUUUGGUAUCCUAUAGAAACGGAAUUCCUUGCACUCCCCUGCCGGACGACUUGGUCGAAAUCUUAAACAA